ACCGGAAAGCCCGCGCCGCGUCGCUGGGAAGUCACGCUUGCGCAGUCUGGGCCCCUGGCCGCCGCGCCAGCCUGUCUCCGCGGCUGGGGACCCGGCUGCCUCGGCCCCUCCGCUUGUCGUCUUUUCCGGCAGUUGGGGCGCUUCCUGUUGUCCUCACCGACAACCGCCCCUCGGCCCCCUACCUCAGAGCUCCUUACGCGUCCCCACCCCUCUUCUGGUCGGCUGGCUGCUGCCGCUGGGGUUUCGCCUGUCCGCACGUCGAGUCCGCUGGCUCGGCCGGCGUCUGCGGCUGUCUGCGCCCUCAGCCCUGCCUCCCCCGGGUCUCUGCGGCCAUGGCAAUGACAGGCUCAACACCUUGCUCGUCCAUGAGUAAUCACACAAAGGAAAGGGUGACAAUGACCAAAGUGACACUGGAGAACUUUUAUAGCAACCUUAUUGCUCAACAUGAAGAACGAGAAAUGAGACAAAAGAAGUUAGAAAAAGUGAUGGAAGAAGAGGGCCUAAAAGAUGAAGAGAAACGACUCAGGAGAUCAGCACAUGCUCGGAAGGAAACAGAGUUUCUUCGUUUGAAGCGAACAAGACUUGGAUUGGAAGAUUUUGAGUCCUUAAAAGUAAUAGGCAGAGGAGCAUUUGGUGAGGUGCGGCUUGUUCAGAAGAAAGAUACAGGACAUGUAUAUGCAAUGAAAAUACUCCGUAAAGCAGACAUGCUUGAAAAAGAGCAGGUUGGCCACAUUCGUGCGGAGCGUGACAUUCUAGUGGAGGCAGACAGUUUGUGGGUUGUGAAAAUGUUCUAUAGUUUUCAGGAUAAGCUAAACCUCUACCUAAUCAUGGAGUUCCUGCCUGGAGGGGACAUGAUGACCCUGUUGAUGAAAAAAGAUACCCUGACAGAAGAGGAGACUCAGUUUUAUAUAGCAGAAACUGUCUUAGCCAUAGACUCCAUUCACCAACUUGGAUUCAUCCACAGAGACAUCAAACCCGACAACCUUCUCCUGGACAGCAAGGGCCAUGUGAAACUUUCUGACUUUGGCCUUUGCACAGGACUGAAAAAAGCACAUAGGACAGAAUUUUAUAGGAAUCUGAACCACAGCCUCCCCAGUGAUUUCACUUUUCAGAACAUGAAUUCCAAAAGGAAAGCAGAAACCUGGAAAAGAAAUAGACGUCAGCUAGCCUUCUCCACGGUAGGCACUCCUGACUACAUUGCUCCCGAGGUGUUCAUGCAGACCGGGUACAACAAGCUCUGUGACUGGUGGUCGCUUGGGGUGAUCAUGUAUGAGAUGCUCAUCGGCUACCCACCUUUCUGUUCUGAGACCCCUCAAGAGACGUAUAAGAAGGUGAUGAACUGGAAAGAAACUUUGACUUUUCCUCCAGAAGUUCCUAUUUCUGAGAAAGCCAAGGAUCUAAUUUUGAGAUUCUGCUGUGAAUGGGAACAUAGAAUUGGAGCCCCUGGAGUUGAGGAAAUCAAAAGUAAUCCUUUUUUUGAAGGUGUUGACUGGGAACAUAUCAGAGAGAGACCUGCUGCAAUAUCUAUUGAAAUCAAAAGCAUUGAUGAUACCUCAAAUUUCGAUGAGUUUCCAGAAUCUGAUAUUCUUAAGCCAACAGUGGCAGCAAGUAAUCACCCUGAGACUGACUACAAGAACAAAGAUUGGGUCUUCAUCAAUUACACAUACAAGCGCUUUGAGGGCCUGACUGCAAGGGGAGCAAUACCUUCCUACAUGAAAGCAGCAAAAUAGCUUCCUUGAAAUGGAAUCCUCAAUAGAGCAGAGUUCUCUGUACACCGUCACAGUUUCCUUCUCACAUACUCUUUUGAAAGAGCUUCCAAGAAGUCAGUGGGACCUACCAGUGUGUCGUGGUAAACUCUCCUGAAGUGUGCUAGUAAGUGGAUUCUCUUCCAUAAUGCCUCUGAUGACCUGUAGACAGACAAUUGUGUCUGCUCUAUCAGCCAUAAACAACUAUUCUGCUUCUUAGAAGCAUCAUGAGCCAAUUUGAAGACUUCAGUUUGCCUAAGUUCAUCAGAAUGAAGGGAGAAAACAGCCAUCAUUCAACAUUAUUGAGAUUGUAAUAUACUUAUCAAAUAUCAGCCAAUUCCUGUGAUUUUGUGACCUGCUUUCUGCCAAGCCCACCAAGUAUUUUUUUUUUUUUUCUUUACAGCUGAAAGUUCCAUAGUAUUAAGGAAAUAAAGCAAUGAAGAGAGCUUUGGCAGCCAGCAUUCUGGCUAAAGGAAAUGGUCCACCAUCCUCGGAGUGGGUGGUGAUGGUAGUUUCUCCCCAAACCUCAGCCUUUGGGCAAGCGGCUUUUUAUAGCCUCCAUUCAUGGUGCACUUUAUUUAUGGUACUAGGUUAAAGACCCUCAGUCCAUUUUGAUUUAUCUCCCGUGCAUCUGAAGCACUUAUGCUUCUUUCCUGAGUGUUGACGGGGGGCUACCAGUUUGAUCUGCUGUUGCUCUUAGAAGGCCCAGAAAGCCACUGGGCAUGCCAAGGAGUCCCGGAUCAUAUGGAAAACCCUCACUUUUUCUUCAGGACUGUAUCAAAAAAUUCUUUGAUGGAUGUUGCCGUGGACCAGCAAUACCCACACGUGCUGCCAGCAGGAUCUCUGUUUGUUCCUAGGAACACAGCAAGGAGAGCCCAGGCAGAAGCAGGAAGCCUAGAACCCCCUUGGCUAAGAUGCUGCUCCUGCUCUGUCUCUAGAACCUUCUUGCAAGUAGAGACGGAACCAGCCCAAUACAAAGUGCAGAGCCAGCCUACAAAUCUUGUAAAGUUCACUCCUCAAUCUUUGGUGCAACCAUAUUUGUAUUCUUUCUUGGUAUUUCUCCUCUCCCAAUUUUAAGUAACCAUUUUGCCUUGGAAUCAUGAUUAGAACAUUUUCCUUUGCAGAUGCCUUCCUCGGGGAUGGUCCUCUCCACCCUAAAGGGUCACCUGCAGGCCUGGCUGUUCAGGCCUCUCUGCUGUGGUGCUCUCUCAUGAGAGACUCUCUGAAUUUUAGCACAAAGUGCCUUUUCUUUCACAGCUGUCACCGCCUUUAGAGGACUUUUGCUGCAUCAGAAAAAUGUGGAGGCUCCAUAUUAAUGCAUUAUUACUUUUAAAAUUUUUGAUAAUUCUUAAAGCAUCAUUUGCACCUGUGUGGUAACUUUGCCUGUUGCAGAGUGUCAUGGCCAAGCUACAACUGGGAAACUGCUUUCUGCCAGUCUUGAGGUUGGUAAUAUUUGCUCUGAAAGAAAAGUAUGUCCUAGCUUCGCCAUUCAGGAAGAAAAAAUGGAAUAUCAAAGUUAUAGUAGUAAGUGAAACUGCUUUGGGUUUUAAUGUUUUAGAGGAAGAAAAAAGAAUAUUAGGGAAAUAGUGACUCUGGAUGAGGGUAAUGUGUUUGCCCCUUAUUUCAUUCAUGGUUUGCUAGUGAAAAGGAAGUGAAGUUCUCUUGUGUAACUUUGUAGUUUCUUUGAAUUACCAAAUAGUUGGGCUCUUGACCCCCAUGUGUUUUGCAAGAGUGUGUGGUAAGCAUGGGUGAAGAGAAGCAACAGGAGGGUGAUAGUCUGUGUGUUGGGAAGUGGCAGGGGGUAAUUUGUUUUAGGGGAAAAUGCCCACAUUUUAACUUUUAAACUUCUGAAUAAACUGCGUGAAAACAGUA